CAGAUAGUGACUUGCUUUGAGAAGGGGCAGGAGGCUCCCCUCACCCAGCCGCAGCACCUGACUGACUUGAGGAGGAAGAAAGGAAACCAAAAUCAUUUCCUGACCCUCGCUCUGUCUGCCCAAGGCUGGUGAAGACACUAAUGGAGAUCAGAGCUCCCUGAGGACUUUCCAGAGUCGGUCCCAGAGGUUCCAUCACCCUGGCCUUCCUGAAUCCCAGAAGCAGCUGAUUCUCACCCUUCUGUGUGUGAAGAAGACCCUUCAGCAUGGUCUGGCCCACCACUUACUGCUCAAUUUAGCAGGGCUCUCAAAGGACCUGCGCUCCUUCUGGGGUUCUGCACGAGCAGCCGGAGAGGCAGGUGAUGGAUCUGCCUGCUGUCUUGCUUUCUCCUCAGUCUCAGACCUGCAUCCAUCUGGCAGAAUCCUGCAUGGAACAAGAGAGAUGCCCACCCACCGCAGAGGUGGGCAGAGACUCCUCCUUUCUCAGUGGUCAACUGCCCAGAUCCAGCCUCACAGAUGCUGAUUGGUUUUGGGAUGAGCACAUCCAGGCAAAGAGGGCCAGAGUAGAGACCAUUGUCCGAGGCAUGUGUCUCUCUCCUAGUUCGCUGGUGUCAGGCAGAGCCAGAGAGAGCUCAUUCUGUCCAGAAAAGGUCCGGGAGCGGAAGAGAAAGCAGAGCCUUCCCAUGCACCAAGGUCCCCUGAAAUCUAGCCCUGCCUGGGAUCGCGGGCCCAAGAAGGGCGGGACCCGGGUGAAAGAACAGCUUCAUCUGCUGAAGCAACAGCUAAGACAUUUGCAGGAGCAUGUCCUACAGGCCACUGAACCCAGAGCACUAGCACAGAGCCCAGGAGGUACUGAGCCGAGCAGCUCCCUGAGGGCAAAGCUGAGGAGCAGCUUCCCAUCUCGUGCCUGGACUAUGAACAAAGCUCACCAGAGUUCCAGCAAGGACGUCUGUGGAGCAGUGAAGCCCAGAGCAGCUGAGGUUCUACAACAGUCAGAGGAGCCUAUGCUCUGUCCUCCUGGUCCACGGGCUUUGGUGGAGACUCUGAGGAAAGAGCUGAGCAGGGCUGUGUCCCAGGCUGUGGACUCAGUAUUACAACAGGUGCUACUUGAUCCACAGGGCCAUCUCACACAGCAGGACCAAAGCAGCCAGGGGCUAGCAUCAGAGGGCAGAAGCCAGCCUUCACCUCCAAGAAGUGCCUAUAAGGACCCACUUGCUCUUGCCACCCUGUCCAGAAAGGUCCAGCCACAAGCUGGGGUUCCCUUGGGCAAUUCAAUGCUGACUAGGUCUCUAGAUUCUCCUCUGUGUCCUGUCUCUCCAAGAGGAGUCCCCAAAUCCUAUCAGAGUCCCCUACCAAAUUGUCCCUUGACAACUGUACCUCCCCACAUCUGGGAAAAUCAGAUUCUUAGCCAGCUUCUGGGUCGUGGGCCCAAUGGCCACUGGAGUGGCAGCCCUCCCCAGGAUACAUCUUUCCAAAGUCAAACCUCCCCAGAGUGUGCCCAGCAACCGUGGGGGUUGAGCCAGCAGCAGCUCUCCCUGUCUCUCACCCCUGUCCACCUGGAAAGCAGGCCUCACCUACCGCCUGUGAAGACGGAGCAGAGCGUGCUGCAGGGCGUGGCUGACUCACUUCCUCUCUCUUCCAUCCACAUCCAGGAAGGCCUGAGCCCCGGUCACCUGAAGAAGGCCAAACUCAUGUUUUUCUUCACGCGGUACCCCAGCUCCAGCCUCCUGAAAGCUUGCUUCCCUGAUGUUCAGUUCAACCGCUGCAUCACCUCCCAGAUGAUCAAGUGGUUCAGCAACUUCCGUGAAUUUUAUUACAUCCAGAUGGAAAAGUACGCCCGGCAAGCACUUUCAGACGGUGUCACGAAUGCCCAAGCGCUGGCAGUCCUCCGAGACUCGGAGCUUUUUCGAGUUCUCAAUACACACUACAACAAGGGGAGUGACUUUGAGGUCCCAGACUGCUUCUUGGAAAUUGCCACCUUGACAUUACAGGAGUUCUUCAAGGCCGUCUCUGCAGGGAAAGAUUCAGAUCCUUCCUGGAAGAAACCCAUUUACAAAAUUAUUUCAAAACUGGACAGUGACAUCCCAGAGAUACUCAAAUCUUCCAGCUAUCCCCCGGGACUGUUUCCAAGUUAAGAGCAAACAAAACGAGGGCAAGUAUGACGUUACAGGACUGGGAUUCCAAGAUGGGAGGUGGAGGCAGGGGGAUCAGGAACUUAAGGAUAGCCUUGGCUACAAAGACAAAGAUCAGACAAAAUGAGCAGACGGGCCCAGGGUGGCCCAAGUUUUGUCAUAAAUAGCAGUUUAGCUGUAGUCAUAGAAGAAAGCACAAGAGGAACCCCUCCCAUAAGUGCAACUGCCAUUUUGAAUACUAGUUUUCUUGUCCAGAAUCAUCCGAGACUCUGUAACUACAGUGCAGUAACUAAGUCUAUCACUGUGUUUGUAGUCUAUUGGGAGAGGAAUGCAAGUCUGGAAUCAGAAGGCUGAAAAGUCAUUAAGUGCUAUGGCAUGCUGACAAUUUCCUGGUAUUUCUGUAACUCUGGAAGGAGAUUCAUAGCCCAGUGGUGGUGGUAAACAGGUUUAAUCCCUGCACUGGAGAGGCAGAGGCAGGUGGAUCUGUGAGUUUGAGGCCAGCCUGGUCUGCAAAAUGAGUUCCAGGACAGCCAAGGCAACACAGAGAAACUCUGCCUUGAAAAACAAAAAACCAAAAAAACUCCAAGAAAUUUUGAACUGUGGGUACCUCAUUGGUCCUUAUGCCAGGGUACAGGAUCGGUCAGGACUGUGGAGGAACCAAAGACUGUGUACACUGGACUCAUGCUGCCACUCAGGAUCUCCAACAGGAAAAAUCCAUACCAACAAGGCACCUGCAGAGUGGCACUGCCAUCUGAUCAGGUGGGCACUCAGGAGUGCUUCAUCAUCCAAGACAUUCACCGAUGGCUUCUGCAAACUUCCUAAAGGACCUCGGCAUUGCUGUGGCUUGCAUCUGUCUGCUGGACAGACUGACACUGGGUCAGCUGACUGUCCUAACAGUCCUAUGUGGCCUAUGUACUGGUGCCCCAACUGUCAUGCAUACAAAUAUAUACAUAAAUGGAACUUCAUGAGAAAGCCCAAAAGGGACCUUGGGGACCAUCUGGUCCACUUUGUUUAACCUGUGGAGAAAACUGAGGUUAGCAUACACUCUACAGGGCCUCAGAGGCCAUGAAUGACAGGGCUGGGACAAAGGCAGAAAUGGAGAUUUUCCUACUCCAAAAUGAUUACAGUCUAUGACUAAACUUGCACUGAUGAACAAAUGACAUCCAUAUUUUCCCCUAUAGGUCCAACACAAUUGUGACAGACUCUGAGCACCUAAGCAAGGCACCCAUAAAGUAGAACAACUGUGUCUUCUAGUCAGAACCAAGCCUGUAAGCACUGCUGAGGAUGGGCAGGGUGGAGUAUACUUCAGGUUUCACAGUGCUAAAUGAGGGGCAACUGUGCCUACGGUAGCUCCCUUCCCUGCCAUCAACCUAGAACAAGUCCACACCUAGCUCCUCUACCUCCGUGACCUGAUGGGUAGUAGUGUUGGCUAUCGCUAGACAUGUCAGACUACACCACCAUGAACAAAGUCUUUCCUCUGAAUUUUCUGUUCAUAUAGUGGAGAGAAGAAACAAAAAACACUUAAGCAAAUCU